AUGUCGGCCGAUCGAACAGGUCGUGGUGAAAUGGUAAUUCUUACUGGCAAUUCUUAUCCGGAAUUGGCUGAAAAUAUUUCAAGAAUUGUUUAUUCGCAUAAAACAGAUGCUAGAAGUGGAAUUAGACCACUUGGUGAAUGCCGUGUUUAUAAAAAUUCGGAUAAAGAAACUCAUGUAGAAAUUCAUGAGUCAGUUCGUAGUAAAGAUGUAUUUAUCAUUCAAACUGGUUCAACCAAAGAUCCAAAUGACAAUCUCAUGGAACUUAUGAUUAUGAGCUAUGCAUGUAAAACAUCAUGUGCAAGAAAGAUUAUUGGUGUUUUGCCUUAUUUACCUUAUAGUAAACAAAGUAAACAGAAAAAACGUGGAUGUAUUACUAUGAAACUUGUUGCAAAAAUGUUAGUUAAAGCAGGCUUAACACAUUUAAUAACUGUUGAUUUACAUCAAAAAGAAAUUCAAGGUUUUUUUGAUAUUCCAGUCGAUAAUUUACGAGCAUCAUCGUUUCUCGUCGAUUAUAUUCAAGAACAAAUUCCAGAUUGGCGUAAUGCUGUUAUAGUAGCACGUAAACCUAAUCAAGCUAAACGUGUAACAGGUUUUGCUGAAAGAUUAAAAUUAAAUAUUGCUGUUAUACAUGGUUGUCAAGAUCGAGAAAGUGAAAGUGAAGAAGCGGAUGGAAGAAAUUCACCACCACCAAUGUCAUCUGGUUUAGAUAUUCCUAUUGUACCAAUGUCUGAACGACGAAGUGUAUAUACGAUUCCAUCGCUUGCUUUAGGGCAACAAGUUAUGAUCAAAGGUAGAUUACCUAUGGAUGUUGUUGGUGAUGUUAAUGGUCGAAUUGCUAUUAUAUUUGAAGAUAUGAUUGAUGAUGUACCUGGUCUUGUACAAGCUGCUGAUAUACUCUUUGAUCGUGGUGCAUAUAAAAUAUAUGCAAUUGCUACACACGCUCUAUUUACAUGUGAUGCUCCAAUAUUAAUUGAACAAUCUUGUAUAUCUGAAGUUGUUAUUACAAAUACUGUUCCACAUGAAUUUGCUAAACUUCAAUGUUCAAAAAUUAAAACAGUUGAUAUAAGUUUACUUUUAUCUGAAGCUAUACGUCGUAUACAUAAUCAAGAAUCAAUGAGUUAUUUAUUUCGUAAUAUAGAAGCAAAUGAUUAA